GCGCGCACAAACGAAGAACUGAACCUCAGCGUGCUGCAACGACACGAUCCUUCGGUCCACCAAAUCCUCUCAGUCGCUCCAUUCGCAGUCGUCUACACUUUCAAUCCAGCCUCGUCGAGUUGGGAGAAGCAGGGAACUGAGGGCACAUUAUUCGUCUGUUCGCUUCUACCGCCGGUUGGGGGUCCCCAAGUUGAGCGAUACAGUUGCAUUGUUCUCAAUCGUCGCGGUCUCGAGAACUUCUCUAGUGAACUGUUCUCCGCCGAGUCGGUCCAAGUAACAGACGACUAUGUCAUCUUGCAGGUCGAAGGAGAAGAUGGAAGUGCAAACAUCUAUGGUCUCUGGAUCUUU